AUGCCGGGAGUCUAUCGGGCACCUGAAGUAAUUCUGGAUAUGGACUGGGACUGUAAGGUCGAUAUUUGGUCUACCGGGACAACAAUCUGGGAUUUAGUGCAGGAUAGCCACCUUUUCUUCGCGAAAAGGGAAGGCAAGCUCUAUGAUGAACAGCACCUAGCAGAAAUGGUAUCUCUUAUGGGACCGCCACCCCCGGAGUUCCUUAGAAGAAGUAAGAGAUCUGGUCAGUUUUGGGAUGAGCAAGGCAAUUGGAAGGGGUCGAUUCCAAUACCGGAACAAUCGUUGGAGAUGAGAGAACAACAAUUUUCUGGUAUAGAUCGAAAGCUCUUUCUGAAUUUCCUACAGAGGAUAUUUCGUUGGUUACCUGAAGAGCGACCAACUGCGUUGGAGUUGGUAUAUGAUGACUUCUUAAUGCAGCCGAUUAUAUCGGACGCUUAA